CGGAGAGCGCAUCUUUUGUGACCCUCAGUUCUAUCUAGGGUUUCCCCCUCCCCCUCCCUCAUAAUUUUUCCGCGAGGGUUUCGAGCUCCCGCUGCAGCUCGAACUGUUUCCAUCCCUGGCCGUCCUCGAUUGCUUCUCCAUUGCCUUGCGAGCUUCUUUCAGAUACCUAAGAUGCCGAGGACAAGGGCAAGUGCUGCUGCUGCCGCUACCAAUCCAGAGCCAGCGAAUCCAGCUGAGCCUGAGGAACAGGUUGCUCUUGAUGACCCUGAGGAAAUGAUGGAAGAAGAGGUUGAGUAUGAAGAAGUUGAGGAGGAAGUAGAAGAGGAGGAAGAGGAAGUUGUCGAGGAGGAGAUUGAGGAGGAGCUUGAAGAGGAGGAACAAGAAACAGAUGUUGCUAAUGGAAGUAAUGCUGGUGAUGCAGCUGGUGGUGAUGCUAGUAUGGUAGAAGGUGAAAAGGAUGACGAUGAGAGUAAGAAGCAUGCAGAGCUCCUUGCACUCCCUCCUCAUGGAUCAGAAAUUUAUGUUGGCGGCAUACCUCAUGAUGCAUCAGAGGAAGAAUUGAGAAGCUUUUGUGAGCCAAUUGGAGAGGUGACCGAGGUUAGGGUGAUGAAAGCAAAGGAUUCAACAGAGAAUAAAGGUUAUGCUUUUGUUACCUUUAAAACUAAAGAGUUGGCUUCAAAAGCUAUUGAAGAACUAAAUAACACCGAAUUCAAGGGUAAAAGAGUGAAGUGUUCGACAUCUCAAGUUAAACAUCGGUUGUUCAUAGGUAAUAUUCCUCGAAAUUGGGCGGAGGAUGAUUUGAAAAGAACUGUGACAAGUAUUGGUCCUGGUAUAAUUAAAGUGGAGUUACUGAAGGAUCCACAGAACUCUUCUCGUAACCGGGGUUAUGCUUUCAUCGAGUAUUACAACCAUGCAUGUGCUGAAUACUCGAGAAAUAAGAUGUCAUCUCCAAAGUUCAAGUUGGAUGCAAAUGCACCAACUGUGAGCUGGGCUGAUCCUAGGAGUGGGGAUUCCUCUUCUAGUUCUCAGGUAAAGGCUAUUUAUGUGAAGAACUUGCCAAAGAAUGUGACACAAGAACAGUUGAAGAAGUUAUUUGAACACCAUGGUGAAAUCACGAAGGUGGUACUGCCUCCGGCAAAGCCUGGACAUGAGAAGAGAUAUGGUUUUGUGCAUUUUAAAGAGCGCUCAAUGGCCAUGAAGGCACUCAAGAACACAGAGAAAUAUGAAAUUGAUGGUGAUGUUCUCGACUGUUCACUAGCAAAGCCUCCAGCAGACAAUAAAAAAGUUGAAGCAGGAUCAAGCGCUCAAAAAGCUGCUUUGCUGCCAAAUUAUCCUCCUGGGAUUGGAUAUGGUGUUCUCGGAGGUGCUUAUGGUGCUUUAGCUCCAGGGUUUGGACAGUCUAUGGUUUAUGGAAGGGGACAGACACCUGCUGGCAUGGCGAUGGUGCCGAUGAUCUUACCUGAUGGACGCCUUGGAUAUGUAUUGCAACAACCUGGAGUGCCUGUGGCUUCACAGCAACAUGGUGGAAACCGUGGAGGCAGCUCAAGCGGAGGGAAAAGCAACGACGGGGGCCGUGGGCGUAGAUUCCGACCAUACUAAUUUUUCAUGGCCCAUUCAUGGAUUGGUCACAGGAGCUCAACAUGGAUUCCUUGUUUACCGAUGAGCAUCUUGUGUGUAGUACAUUAGUUCAACAGUAGCUAGCAUAGCUUUGUCUGUAAGCUAGGAGUUUUAAAUCAUCCAAAUUUCUGCAAGUUGUAGUCGUUUUGGAAGUUGGAUAUUCUUAAAAGUUGCUUGCGGAGAGAGGAUGAUGAUGAUUAUGGAUCCUGACAGUUGGGUGUUUAUGCUUCAUUCUGAUGUGUUAUUUCUGUUGGUUUUA